CUAUAGGGUGAAUAAACUUUAUCGGAUAAUAUUACAAAUUCCAUUACAAAACAAAAAACAUUUUGAAGGUGAAUAAUGAAUGAAAGGGUGAUGAUCUCCGGGCCUUGCUGCUAUUAAGUAAUGACCGGAAAUCUUACGUCACAAAGUGAAGGCCACCAGUCAUCUUGGGACACGAAGUUGAGGUAUCACUUGGAUUAGAUGACAAUGCAGCCUCAUAACAAGACCUAAUAGCAAGAAUACAUUAUCCUUGACAAUUAUUUAUGGGAAAUCAAAUACCAACAUAGAAAGUGGUGUGGAUGAAGAUGCGUCGCAGCAGUGAAUUGUGAGCGCGGGAAGCGAACUAACACAUGGAUCGACACGGGUCCAACAAUUAAGUGCAAAUCUGUUUCACGAAAAAAUACGAACGAGUGAUAAAUAUAAUUAACUGAGAAAAAAAAGAAUUAAUUGUAAAUAAACAUUUGUAUGAUAGGAAUGUUAUUUUAAAUCGAAGAAGUCAUUAACCUAGAAGUGUUUAACGCAGUUACGCUCCGGCGACACACAAAGCCACGCAAAUGAAGAAGAAACGCAGUGAACUUUUGUAAUAUCUCUAGAAGAUAUAUCUUGCCAGUGUGUGUGUGCCAAGUAUUAUGUGUGUGCGAGCGAAGUGGUUAGUGCUGUGGUCGCUGUGGGCGGCGCGGCUGGUGCCACAGCCCACUGUCACAGUGCGGGUCAGCAACGGACUACUGCGGGGCGCCGUCGCACACGAUGGCUCUCAUUUACUAUUCUUCGGCAUACCAUACGCCGCAACUGACACUGAACAUAGAUUCCAAAAUCCAAACCCGGAACCGAAAUGGGAGGGAGUCUUUGAUGCCUACAACGAGCACAUCAGGUGCUACCAAAGGUUUAGUCCCACCAAGAUAUCAGGACGGGAAGACUGCCUGACCCUAAACGUCUACACGCCUAAUAACUAUGACUCGAUCCGCCCAGUCAUGGUCUUCAUUCACGGCGGAGGGUUCCGAGAUGGCUCAGCAUCUCCAUUUAUGUACGGCUCUGAAUAUCUAAUAAAACACGGAGUAGUACUAGUUACAAUCAAUUACAGGCUGGAGGUUUUAGGCUUUUUAUGUCUAGGUAUUAAAGAAGCACCUGGUAAUGUUGGUUUGAAGGACCAGGUCGCAGCUUUGAGAUGGAUCAAGACAAACAUCAGGGCGUUUGGAGGAGAUCCUGACAAUAUUACGAUUUUCGGAGAGAGUGCCGGUUCUGCUUCAGUUAUGUACCACAUGCUAACACCGAUGUCUAGAGGAUUAUUCAACAAAGCUAUUUUGCAAAGCGGUUCAGCCAUUACUCCUUGGAGUUUUCAGUUCGAACCCUUAAAGACUGCUAGUUUAUUGGCACAAAGCAUGGGCGUCAAAACUGAAGAUCCACAUGAACUAUAUAAGCUAUUUGCCAACAUGCCUGCCGAAGAAUUGUUGAAAACAAGAGUGCCCAGACGGAAAGGAGAUAUAGUGUUAUCCGAAAAUAUAUUCGUACCGUGUGUAGAUAAAGAAAUAGAAGGUAUGGAACGAUUCUUGCCAGAUACGCCAAUAAACUUAAUUUCCAACAACCAAUAUCAAAAGGUACCAGUUAUAAUUGGCUUCAAUAAUGCUGAAGGUUACCUGUUCGCUGGAAAAGAAAAUGAGACUACUCUAGCUAAUUUCAACAUCUGUAACGCUCUGCCCAGAGAUUUGAUAUUCCCGACUGAGGACGAAAAAAAUGAUACUGUGAAUAGGCUCAGGGGACUUUACUCUAUUCGCAGACCCGAAGAUUACCUUAAAAAUAUUGCCAAAUACGAAGGAGAUACCAGCAUCACAUAUCCUACUAUAGCCAGUAUAGAUCUUCUGUCUAAAUCCACGGAUGGAUUAAUUUAUGCCUACAAAUUGUCUUACGACGGAUGGCUCAAUGUACCGAAAUGGUAUUUUGGUUUCCGUAAAUAUCCCGGCGCGGCUCACGCAGACGAACUAUUCUAUUUAUUCAAAGUCAAAGUGCCUUUGGUUAUGGAGUUCAUCGAAAUUGAAUUUAUAAAUAAAAUUACAACGCUUUGGACAAAUUUCGCUAAAUUUGGAAACCCAACACCCUUUCCGUCUUCUACACUUCCUGUAACAUGGAAGCCCUUCAAAACGAGCGAUCCAAAGAUAUUGGUCAUAGACAAACAGUUCUCGGAGGAGAGUCUUUGGAGCGAUGAAGUCAUGCUCUACUGGGACACCAUCUACACUAAAUAUAGACGGAAGCUUUGACAAACUAGUCUUAGUCAAUCUGUAACGACAAUAUAC